AUGUCCGGCAACGUAACGCUCUCUUUAGAAGGACUAGUGGCAGGCGGCGGUUCGUGCCUCACUAUUUCCUUCAUUUCUCGCGAUAUUUGGCGUCCACUUGCGUCGCCAGCACCUGGAAGCAGCCGCGAGCACCCCGGCACUGAGACAACAUGGUGGAGCAGGUGGCAGACUUUGAGGAGGGGGGAGAGGAGGUGGUGGGGCCAGUGCAGGGGACGGUGGUGGAGGCGCCCGAGCUGCCGGAGAUCAAGCUGUUCGGCAAGUGGUCCCUCGAUGAUGUGCAGCUCAACGACAUGUCUCUGCAGGACUACAUCGCCGUCAAGAAGUACUAUGCCAAGUAUCUCCCCCACUCGGCCGGUCGGUACGCGGCCAAGAGGUUCCGGAAGGCCCAGUGUCCGAUCGUGGAGCGCCUCACUAACUCGCUGAUGAUGCACGGCAGGAAUAACGGAAAGAAGCUGCUGGCCGUUAGAAUUGUCAAGCACUCGUUUGAGAUCAUCCACCUGCUGACUGGAGAGAACCCAGUGCAGAUUGUGGUGAACGCGAUCAUCAAUUCUGGUCCACGUGAAGACUCAACGCGUAUUGGCCGUGCAGGAACUGUGCGUCGCCAGGCUGUGGACGUGUCGCCCCUCAGGAGGGUCAACCAGGCCAUCUGGCUGCUGACUACUGGGGCUCGUGAGGCAGCCUUCCGCAACAUCAAGACUAUCGCUGAGUGCCUGGCUGACGAGCUGAUCAACGCCUCCAGGGGCUCCUCCAACAGCUACGCCAUCAAGAAGAAGGACGAGCUGGAACGCGUCGCCAAGUCCAAACCGUUAAGAAAGUCCUUGUUGAACUAUGGGGAAAUUAAACUGUGACCUUCA